AUGAAGGAACCCGGAGAAGGGGAUGUAGUAGACGAUAUAACGUUUUUCGCUAGGUUGAAAGAUGAUGAAGCGAACGAAGAAUCUAACUCUUCAGGAGUCUUAUCUUCACUCUUCGGGCGGUUAUGGCGAUCAGAUGGAAGCUCUUCAGCCGAAGGAGCAACUCCCACCGCAGCAGCAGCUAGUUCUACAGAACAGAGGAUAGAUGCUGAUACUUCAAACAAAACUGAGGUAGAAGAGGGUGCGGAAACGUCAUCUUCGACCAAAGGUGUUCAACCUGAUGAGAUAAGCAUAGGAAGUCAAGAUUCAGACAAAGUCAGGCGAAUGAUACCAUCCAAGUUAACUAGUAUAUUCAAAGGGAAUAAGAACAAACCUAGGCAGAACUUAGUAGAUUAUAAUAGGAGCAUGUUCAAACAGUACUGGAUGCCGGACUCCACUGGCAAGGAGUGCUAUCAGUGUGAAGAACGAUUCAAUACACUGAGGCGAAGACACCAUUGUCGUCUGUGUGGCCAAAUUUUCUGUUCCAAAUGUUGCAACAUACACGUUCCGGGAGCGACCUUGGGUUUAACUGGAGAUCUACGAUUAUGUGAUUAUUGCGCCAAAAUAAUGGCACAAUACUUACCUCCUGAAGCGGACGUUCGUCAAGGUUCUGAGGAAAUGACUGCGCCUUCCUUACCGGUGCUGGCUAACAACUUCCCUGUCGAAGAAGCGAUGCUCGAGCAAACUAUCACAUCUUCCGUUAUCUCUACCGUAUCAGCAGGAAAUCUGAUGUGGUCAAAACCACCGGAAAUGAAGUCUGCUUCUAGCCCUGAGACGGAGAAUUCUCUCUCUUUUCCUCCGAAACCUUCAAAAGAAUCCUUAACUCUUCUAAGUGUUCAAGACUUAUAUGCUCAACACGAAGGUAGAUUGAAUAAGAGUCGAUCAAAUUUGACCAGUACUUCGUUGUGUGAAGAAGAGGAGUCUGGUCCUGAUUGGUUCAGGAAUAUGGAUUCAGGACAAAGUUCUUCUUCCAAUUUAAUAAAAUCAGAUAACAACUCAGAGCAGAAGGUUGAUAUUUCUCGUAUCUCCACUAUGGAUUUCGAUGCCAUCUCUCCUUUAGAUCUCUCGGAUUGUAAGAAUAAUAAGGAUCCUAUAGAUAGAAAGAUUUCCAAUCCCUUAUCCGGUAGAAAUACCCGAGCCUUCGAUGGAAACAUCGAUCGAGCAUUCGAUGAGAGAGCCGAAAAAAUGUUAGAUUACCUAUUCAAACGAGAAUGUAUAAGUGAUGAAAGAUGGAAACCUAUUCUAUUAACAUUAGCAAGGCGCAUAUCACAUACUCUGAGAAUAGAUGUGGAUAGAGCUAAGGACUCCAUGAACAUUCUAUCAUAUGUUCAUGUGAAAAAGCUUCACGUGGAUCAACCUGAGCCAUCAGCCGAGAUGCUUUGGGGAGUGGUGUGUGCUAAAUCUGUGAUUCAUUCUUCAAUGAGUUCUGAGUUGCAAAAUGCUUCGGUAAUGAUUGUUGCUGGAUCGAUCGAAUAUGAACGAAUACAAGAUAAACUGUCGUCCAUUGAACCUAUUAUAUGUCAAGAAGCGGAGUUUCUCUCUAAACAAGUCGACAGAAUCUUGUCGAGAAAACCUUCCAUUCUUUUGGUGGAGGGAGUCAUUUCUAGAAUCGCAGCUCAAUUGCUGCAUAAGGCCGGAGUUGUUGUUAUCAUCAAUGUGAAGAAGAAUGUUUUGCUACGAGUUGCUCGGACGACUGGAGCAGACAUUUUGCCGUCAUCAGAUGCUCAACUCAUUCAGCAGAAUAUUGGAUUCUGUCCUGUUUUCACUCAGAGAAUUGUCAAUUUGAAAGAUGGUGGUCAGAAAAUUCUUCUGAACUUCAAUGAUUGUCCACCUGAAAGAGGAUGUUCUGUUCUUCUGAAGGGAGGUGACAUGCGGGAGCUUCGUGCCGUAAAAAGAGUAUUACACUUUAUGAUUUCUUUAAUUUAUUCAUCUAAGUUGGAAAAGUCUUUCUUAACCUUGUUUGGUUGUCGUAUUGCUGGAGAUGAGGAGUGCAACUGUGAUGUGUGCUUAACCAGAGCCGAGAACAUUGAGAAUAACACGGAUCAGUCCAGUUUCGAAACUGCUUUAUCAGAAAGUAUAUUGAGUCUAUCCCCAUUCAUUCGCUAUGAGCCUCCGUUCUUAGAAACAAUGCGUGGAAGGAAAUGUACACUGUUGCCAUAUUUCAAACAACCAUUGUAUCGUUUUGGAGUCGCGGAAGAUUUCUUAGAAAUCGCUAAAGAAGAGGCGGAAGAUGUUCAGAACAAAGAACUAGCCGAGAAGACGUGUCCACCUCCAGAAUAUCCUCGUCACAAGUUUGCUAAACAAGAUCUCACGAAGCCUGAGUCCAAUAUGAUUGAUAACGUUGCGGCUUUUCGUGCUCUAGGAGGAAGAGUUUUCCGUAAAAGAAUCCACGAUGUACCGGAGAAAGUUGUAGUCAAUGGAAGGCGCUCAAGUAUGGACAGACUAAGAUUUAAUAAUGUGUUGUGUCCACUUGUCCAUCAACGAGUUGCGGUCCUGUUUGGGUCUUUCUCUCCGAAGUCUCCAAACGCUCCAUCGUUCUGUGUAAGACCGUGGGUUCUCAGUAUAGAAUUCUAUGGAAACCAUGAUAUGACUCUGGGAGAGUUUUUGACGAAAUACUGCUUCAAUAAAUCUUACGAGUGCCCUUCAACAAACUGCGAAGUCCCUAUGCUCGAUCACUCUAGAAAAUUAGUCUAUGGAAGGAUAUGCUUGGAAGUUUCAACUCAAUUUGUUGUCCAAAAUGGAACUGAUCAGGCAUCAGUAAGUAAUAAUGGACAAGUUUUAUGCUGGAACUAUUGUGCAAUUUGUAAAGCUUCUUCUCCUCUCCAAGCAAUGACACCUUCUGUUUGGCAUCUUUCUUUUGGAAAGUAUCUCGAUUACUUGGCCAAUUCCUCAUUCAGUAAGGGAUCGAUAUCAUCCCCUUCUCAGAAUCAGUGCAAUCAUUGCUUUUUCCACCAGCAUACUCACUUCUUUUCGCAGCAAAACUUUGUGACCACGUUCAAAGUUACUCCAAUUCGGCCGUUCGAUGUGCAGUUCUCUCCAGUCAUAUGUAGAAUAGUUCCGCAACAGUUUAGUCGUCAAGCUUUGAUUGACGGAGUCACUAGAAUGGCCGCACUUGCUGAAGAUAUAGUGAAAGUAGCGGAAGAGAGGCUCCAAGUCUUUGUGAAGCAUGAACACUAUAACCAGUAUGGAGUCACUUACCACACAGUUCUUCGUCAACAAAUCGAAAACACUUCACAGAUCAUAGGGAAGCAUAACGUUUAUGCCCAAACGUUGUACCAGCUGGAUAGACAAGUUAUUCCUUCGAACGAUAUGUAUGCUGUCAAGGCUAAUGAAACAAUGAUGUAUAUCCGUGAAGGAAUUUACAACUUGAUUACCACAUGGAAUGAUCAAUGUAAUGUGUUUGCUGCUUCCAUGCGGGCUCUGAAGAAAGAUGAGAAUCCAAAUGAGGGUACGGAAAUAGCAUUAGAGAAGAUAGAUAAUCCUUUCCCUGCUUACUUACAUCUGAGUCUAAAACUCCAGCCGAGUGUUGGAGUAGUAGUUCGUGAUAUCCAGGAUAGCCGAGGAGUCUACAAGCCAGAUAUUGGUAGUAUCAUUGCAUAUGCGCUUUCUUCAUCGAACUAUGAAGAAGGUCGUUUGCGUGCUCGUUCCAAUGCUGGCGCUGAGGAUAUCCCUAUUAACUUGAAUUCUUCAUCUCUGCCUCAAAGCGAAGCUUCACUGAACGCGGAGCAUUUAGAAAUUGAGUUUGAGGAUAACUCUACUGCUUACUACGUUAAGGCCUAUUUCGCUGAACGAUUCCGCUUAUUGAGAAAGCUACUCGUGGCUGAAGGAGAAGAAGCCUUUAUUCGUUCGCUGAGUCAAACAACGUUCUGGACACCACAAGGAGGAAAAUCGGGAUCCUUUUUCUACCGAACACAGGAUAACAGGUUCAUAGUGAAGCAGAUGAGUCGAUUCGAGAUACAAUCUUUCGUGAAGUUUGCUCCCAACUAUUUUGAGUACAUCAAAACUGCUGUAACGGAGCAUAAACUUACAACAUUAUGCAAAGUCCAUGGCGUUUUCCGAGUUGGUGUGAAGAGUAAAACGACUCAACUCAAAGUAGAUAUCCUGGUGAUGGAGUAUUUGUUUUAUAAACAUAAUGUGGAUCGUGUGUGGGAUCUGAAAGGCUCUCUCCGCAACAGAUUAGCGACAACUGGUGGUAAUAACUCUACCGAUGUUUUAUUGGAUGAGAAUUUAAUGAGCGAUUUAUGGAAUAACCAACUCUAUGUAUACCCGCACUCAAAAGCUGCGUUAAACCAGGCUAUCUCAAACGACAGUCACUUCUUGUCCGCACAGCACGUCAUGGAUUACUCCUUGCUUGUUGGAGUAGAUGAGACAGAUGGUAAAUUAAUAUUAGGAAUCGUCGAUUAUAUGAGAACUUACACGUUGGAUAAAAAAUUGGAAUCUUGGGUAAAGAUCGUCGCCAUUCCUGGCGCUCACCUACCGACUAUCCUCAGUCCUGAGCUAUACUGCACUAGGUUCUCUGAAGCUAUUGAUACAUAUUUUCCUGUGGUGCCUGAUCAAUGGACUGGUCUUGGAUCAGCGGUAUCCUAUUAA